AUGGCCUCCUCGGCUUCGCUGGAGACCGUCAUGCCUUCUGCUUGUGUCCGGAAUGGAGCGGCCAACCCGGCCAAGACUCUGGCCUUCUCCAUCGAGAGGAUCAUGGCCAAGAGCUCCGAUCCCCAUCACCACAAACCAGCCGCCGCCGCCGCCUUCGAGGCCAGGCGAAGCGAGUCGCCCGGCAAGAAGCUGCUGAGCCUCUGCUCGCCCAUCCCGUGCGUGAUCGCCCCCAUCCAGCCUCUGCCAGGCUACGAGGUGCCCUCCUCCAAGACUAUCCUCAACUACUCGGAGUUUUGGAAGAGCGGCUUGAGGAACUGCGUCUCGUCUCUCGCAGGAGGCGGCGGAGGCGGCUCGACGGCCGGCGGCUUUUGCAAAGCCACCUGCGGCUUGUGUUGCAAGGGGGACCUCCAUCAUCACCACCACCACCACCACCUGGGCCAGGCCGUCUUGCCCCACACCAACCGGGUGAUCAAACCCCAGGUCAUCAACCAGGCCCUGGCCAUGCCGGCCAACGGAUCUAGCCUCUACUACUUCAACUACCUGGAUUCCUCCCCUUACCAUCCGUCGGAGAUCCUCCACGGACAGGUCUUCACCUCCAGCCUGCUUCACCACGCUCAAAGCCCGGCCGCCGCUGCCGCUGCCGCCCUCUCGGCUCAUCAGAAACUUUUCUUGUUGGAUAAUGCAAAACUGGCCACUUUGGCCCCGCCGGAGAAGUUUUCCCAUUCCCAGUAUCCCCACAAGGAGCGCCUCCCUGGGCAGCUGGACCAAGUCAUGAAGGAGAACACGGCCCUGGCCGGGGAAAGGAAUGGCGUGAAAGCCCAUCAUGGCAAACUCAGCGCCGGCGGCGGCGGUGGCGGCGGCGUUGCCCCGGCGGACGGGAAACCCAAGAACUUUACCUGCGAGGUGUGCGGCAAGGUGUUCAACGCCCAUUAUAACCUAACCCGCCACAUGCCGGUUCACACAGGAGCCAGGCCCUUCGUAUGCAAAGUUUGCGGGAAAGGGUUCCGCCAGGCCAGCACUCUCUGUAGACACAAAAUCAUCCACACGCAGGAAAAACCCCAUAAGUGUAACCAAUGCGGAAAAGCCUUCAAUAGAAGUUCCACGUUAAACACUCACAUUAGGAUCCAUGCGGGCUACAAACCUUUUGUGUGCGAGUUUUGCGGCAAAGGAUUUCAUCAAAAAGGGAAUUAUAAAAACCACAAAUUGACCCACAGCGGCGAGAAGCAGUACAAGUGCACCAUCUGCAAUAAAGCUUUCCACCAGAUCUACAACCUAACCUUCCACAUGCACACGCACAACGACAAGAAGCCUUUCACUUGUGUCACCUGCGGCAAAGGCUUUUGCAGGAACUUUGAUUUAAAGAAACACGUGCGGAAGCUUCACGACACUGUCGCCGCCGCCGCCUCAGCCGCCGCCACGCCGCCUGGAGCGAAAGAGCUCUCUAGGACCCUGCAAAGCUAG